ACAGAUCCUCCAUUCAGGCGUCGCAGCAUUAUGUUCAGCAAAAGCGUCCGUGGCAGAAGUAGGAACAGUCAGCGCUCUGAAAUGGCUCACAGACCAAGAGUUCGAUCUAGAAGCCCAAGAGAUAUCAGGAGGAGAGAAAACCAGGAAAUAAAUGUCCGAAGAGCCAGACGUGGACAAAGUAGACAAGGAAGAGGGAACCAACAAAUCUUCACGACUAAAAGGCUCAUGUUGAAGAUGAUUGUGUCAAAUCUGCAGCCGCUAGCAAUUACCGGAGAUACAAAUUUCCAGGAUUUUGUGAAAGCUCUGAAGCCCACAGUGAGCAUCCCCAAUACAAGCCUAAUGCGCUCGGAGCUUCUCGGCGUGUACGAGGAGGAGAAAAUGGUGGUGAGAAGCAGUCUGGAUGCUGCUGAUGACGUUGUGUUGACAUGUGAGCUGUGGCGUUCGAGAGCUGAAGACCACUACCUGACGGUGCGUUGUCAUGUUGUUGACAGAUUUGGGAAAUUCAGGUCCUACAUGCUAGAAACUACCAGCAUCUUUGGUGACAACUCAGCAGGCAGCAUUAUAAAUCAGCUGUCGGGAAUUAUGGAGGCUUGGGGCAUAAGAGAAAAGGUCCACACCGUUGUUACAGCUGGCAUGCCACAACAGAGGGAAUUUAAAGCAAAGUGGAUUCUACAGCCUUGUUUUGCCUACACCCUGAACAUGAUAUUCAGCAAACUUCUGGAGUGCGACAAAGGCCUGAAGGAGGCUUUAAGAAAGUGCAAAGAUAUUGUGAGGUUCUUUAAGAGCGAUGCUGAGGCCGAGCAGAAACUCAGAGAGUUUCGAAACCAGCUGGGGAUACCAGAGGAGGAGCUGAUCGUGCACACCGGGGAGGGAUGGCUCACUCUGCUCCCCAUGCUGGAGCAGCUCGAUCGUCAGUACAUGGCAAUGCUCCUUGUGUUCAACCAGAGGGGCAGUGAUCAUUUCACUCUCACUGAUAAUGAUAAGAGUAAAAUGAAAAAUAUCAUAUCUGCCCUCAAACCUCUGAGCGAAGCCACAUCCAUGCUGAAAAGAGAAGGGUUUGACACCAUUUCUGUCAUCAUCCCGCUGCUGAAGAAGCUUGUGGACGACCUCGCAAAGCAAGGGAGGGAAGGGAACAAGACUGCCGCGCUUUUGUUGUCAAAGUGUAAAGAAUGCUUUGGUAACGUCAACAACCACAAACUUGCUCUCAUCACAGCUCUGGACCCGAGAUUCAAAGACCUUCUGGAAGAACAAGACAAACAGCGGGUGAUGGAUAAAAUAAUCCAAGAGCUGAGCACAGCAGAGCCAGCUUCCUCCACUGCUCCGAACUACAAGCAGCUGCUGGACGACUACAUGACCUCAGAACCUCUUCCAGAAGGAGGAAACCCUCUCGCAUGGUGGAAACACACUGGAUCGAAGAAAUUCAAGGGAAUAAGCAAGUUUGCUGUGAAAAAACUUGGGACAGUGUCUACAGCCGUACCGUUAGACAGAGCCUUCUCCGCAGCAGAGGAUCGGUUCUGCUGCCUCCGGAGCUGCCUGGAGCCAGAGAACCUCAACAUGAUCCUGUUUCUGAACAGCAACUGGGACACUCGGUCUUAGACACAAGUCCAUCGCCUCUUGUUAGGAACACGUGCACAAAUGCUUUUUAGGGAUGGUGGACUUGGAAAAUAUUGCAUACAUUCAUUGUUUUGAUGGCAUUUUUGCUUUGUGAGGAAGAAAUGUUUGACAUCUACUGUUCCAUUUCAAUACAUGAAUAUACAAUGAAAAUACAGUGAACUGAGUUGUUUUUUUUUUUUUUUUUUUGUACUUUACAUGCGUGAAUGUGGAAUUUGGCAAGAAGUAAAAUUAGAUGAAUACAGAAAAAUGCAUUAUCAUCUGUGUUACUAUGAACAUAGCAACCAAAUAUCAACCAAAUAUCACACGUGAGUCACUCUUUAACUGCAGGGAUCCACUUAAGUUAAACUUAUUUUACCUUAUUUGUUAGAAGGAUUUUUUGUGGUAUGGACCAAA